AUGGUACCCAAAGUCUCUGAGACAGAAGAAGAUUCCAUGCCAGAUGAAACGGUUGGAGGGAAACCUUUGUGCUACUACAUCAUGAAUAUCGGCAUUGUGGAGGAACAAAAGGCCACGUUUGAAAGACCCAGCCCAGGGAUGAUGUAUCAUCUAAAGCCUUUGUUCAUCAGGGCUAAGGUUGAUGGAAUAACGGUAAACAAGGUAUUUGUUGACGGAGGCGCUACAAUCAAUCUGAUGCCCCAUACUCUAUUUAAGAAAAUGGGAAAGGGUGAUGAAGAUCUUCGACAACACAACAUGGUCCUAUCAAACUAUGAAGGGAAAACCAACAAUAUAAUUGGUGUUAUCCAGGUCGAUCUUUCCGUGGGCACAAGAACAUGUUCAACACUGUUCAUGGUAAUAAACUCCAAAGCUAACUUCAAUUUACUCCUGGGUCGGGAAUGGAUCCAUGGGAUAGGAGUGGUACCUUCGAAGGUUCAUCUGUGA